CCCAAUUCCAGAGAGGACACAGCUUUAUUUUUCUCAUCCCAUUUCUCUCUUACUCAUUCGAGGCAUUAAAAAUUCACUUCUUUUCCUUAAAAUUGUUUUGUUUCUCUCCGAAAAGUUUCCUUCUUGAUUCAGCCUUUUUGGAAAGUUUCUGUUUUCGUCAAGAGUGAGAUUGGCAUUUUGGUAAAUAUAGUUUGGAUCUGAUGUGGUGGAUGAUGGGAGAAGCAGGUGGACAUUACUGUUCUAAGAAGACUGAUGAUAUCUGCGGCGCUCUCUGUAGUCAGGAAUCUGGUAGAUUCUCCAGCUUCUAUAGACUCUGUUGCGCACUUCGCGGUGUAGACAUGAAAACAUACAUCUUCCUACUAGUCAUCGUCCCGACAUGUGUCCUCGCCGGCUACAUCCACGGCCAGAAGAUCUCUUACUUCCUCCGUCCACUCUGGGAAUCACCGCCUAAACCAUUCCACGACAUCCCUCACUACCACCACGAGAACGCUUCCAUGGAAACUCUCUGCAAACUCCACGGCUGGGGAGUACGAGACUACCCUAGACGAGUCUACGACGCCGUUCUGUUCAGCAACGAGCUUGACAUCCUCUCUAUCCGUUGGAGAGAGUUGUAUCCUUACAUCACACAGUUCGUUCUCCUAGAAUCGAACUCCACCUUCACAGGCCUUCCUAAGCCUCUCGUCUUUGCUGCUCACAGAGAUGAGUUUGAGUUUAUUGAGUCGCGUCUCACUUACGGCUCUCUCGGUGGGAGGUUUGUCAAAGGGAUGAAUCCUUUCUACGAGGAGGCGUAUCAGCGAGUGGCCUUGGAUCAGCUUCUGAGAAUCGCUGGGAUUACUGAUGAUGACUUGUUGUUAAUGUCUGAUGUUGAUGAGAUUCCGAGUAGACACACUAUAAACCUCUUGAGAUGGUGUGAUGAGGUGCCUAAGAUACUUCACUUGCGUCUCAAGAACUACCUUUACUCGUUUGAGUUCCUUGUUGAUAACAAGAGCUGGAGAGCUUCUGUGCAUAGGUACGAGACGGGGAAGACGCGGUAUGCUCAUUAUCGUCAGUCUGAUGAGAUCUUGGCGGAUGCAGGGUGGCAUUGUAGCUUUUGCUUUCGACGGAUUAGCGAGUUUAUAUUCAAGAUGAAGGCUUAUAGUCAUAGUGAUAGAGUGAGGUUUAGUCGUUUCUUGAAUCCUAAGAGAGUUCAGAGAGUUAUAUGCAAAGGGGGUGAUCUAUUUGAUAUGUUGCCUGAAGAGUAUACUUUCAAGGAUAUUAUAGGGAAGAUGGGUCCGAUUCCUCAUUCUUUCUCGGCUGUUCAUCUUCCUUCUUAUCUCCUGGAGAAUGCGGAUAAGUAUAGAUUCCUCUUGCCGGGAAAUUGCAUCAGAGAAAGCGAAUGAUAGAUUGUGAAUCUUCACCAUACUGAGUCUCGUUUAUCUGAAGAUCUCUCUACAUUGGAGAAGACAGGUUGGAUUGAAUCCUCCUCUGGACUAAUAGCACUUACACAACUGAUAGUUAAUCUCUGCGUUCUUUGUCUGAGGCAUAGUGUCAGUGGAAGCUGCAGAGUAUGUCAUCAGGCACUUCCGAGAAGGCUACUAAAGAGUGAAGAUUUUUCUGUAUAUAGAUAGAUCUGUUUGUUUCUUCAGGAUUCUGAUUUUGGAAACCUUCAUUUCUGUGAUCUUCUGUCUUCAAACAUGAGUAUGUGUUCUUCUUCUGAGUUUCCCCUUUGGGAAGUUUUGCAUCAAUACACUCUUUGGUUGACCUUUUUGUACAUCUAUCUCUUCCGCUCUAGAUUUCAUUGACAUUGUUAUGUAUACGAGGAUGGUGUUUUGCGUUAAGAUAAGAGAUUUUCUUUCACAUGAAUAAGCUUUCCCUUAUUU